AUGCUCUUUUGAAUGCUCAGGCGUCGCUCUGACGUCACAUUAGUUCGGGACUGCAACGCCAGACGGUGUUAUUCAGGAUUUCGAGUCUGCCUCGUACACACUGUUGUUUGAAUGGAAUAAAAAAUCUAAGCUAAUUUAUUUUAAAUGUGGCAUUGUUGUGUUGUACCAUAAUAUAUGGUAUAACAGUAAAAGUACUUAUACUAAUUCUGUUGCUUUUAUCGGAAUUUCAAAUAAUCUCAACCCAACUGGGAUGUCUUUGAAGAAUAGGUUAAUUGCAUGUCUGCAAAAACUGAAGGAAUACGAUUACACUGACGUAGACAAGGCAAGAGCUAGUGACGCGAAGGCCGAGAAUGCCCUCAACUUAAUAUACCAGACUGCUUUAAAGAAAACAACUUUUACACCAGAAGAGAAGAAAAUUGUAGGUUCUCUUUUAUUUGAUGCCAUCACACCGAUACAAAGCAACAUAGAAGGAACGCUCUGCGAAUACAGAACUAGAUUAGAUACCUCUGUGCUUAUGAAAAGAUCUGCAAUACAAUUCUUGAUUGACGAAUACGGGAAGUUUCCAGUUGAGAAUUCUAUCUUGGCUACAAAGUUAGAGGAAGCCGGCAUAGCAGAGAGCGUUGAAAUACUCAAUGAAAUUAUAAAUAGGUACUGUGAUAUGAGCGAUUCUGACGAGGGCUCCAGCGACAGAGAAUCGGCGGGAUCCCAAGAAGUACCAAGGUCGCACAUUUGGUGGACUGCGUGAUAAAUCAGCUUGCAACUAUACAGGCAGAGUUGACGUAUCCAUUAUCUUGCUAACGACAUUAUUCAUAAAGAGUUGACAUAGGUAACUAAAUUGAUAUAAUACAAAAUGAAUUUCAUAUCGAACGUACUGGAUUCGAUUCCGGUUGUAGGCCACGUAAAAGGAGUUGUACAUUAUGCCGUUGGAGAUACAGAAGGAGGCAACAAUUCUAUGUAUCAAUCUACAAGGACAUCGGCGGUCCUAGCAGGAGGAGCAGUUGGAUGCCUCGCAGGACCGGCAGGAGCCGCAUUGGGAGGAGUAUACGGAGGCAUGAUUACAGACGGCUUGGUUUCUGCGGCUAAGAACGAGCCUGUAGGUAUUUUUGAGUCAAGUGCAAAUAUAGGUAGAGACAUUGCUUCAGGCAAAAAUCCAAUGGCUUCUGUGGGUUCCGCAAGUUUCAAAAUCGCCAUGGACGGUAUAGGUGGCUUUGGCAUGGGAGGAGUUUCUAGCGUUGCCAGUAAAGUCCCGGCGAAGGCCGUCGCAAAAACCAUAGAAGGCACUGUAAAAAAAGCUGCUGCAACUAUUGGGGAGGAGAUGAUUGAGAAGUCAGUGCAAUUAACUGCAGAAGAAAUGACAAAAAUUGUGGCAAAGAAAGUGUCAGAAAAAGCCGUGAAAAAAGCUGUCGAAACUGCAGCAAUACAAACACAAAUGCUUCUGGUGUCUGCUCACGUCGGAGUAAAUGCUAGUGAAAAAACCAAAGCUGAAACGCGUGCUGAAGAAGAACGUAAACAACAGAAACAAAAAGAAGAAGAAAAAAAGGCGCGUGAAAAUCGCGAUAAAAAAAAUACUGGAUCGUGGCAACCGCCACGCGAGAACAGAAACAAUAAAGAGUCCAAUGUUGAUAAUGAAGAGUCCGACGAGGAGGUAUUUGAAAAGUUCAUGAAAUUACUUAAACAGCUCUUGAAGCUUCUCUACGGCAAUAACAGCGAACCGUUCACAAGAAUUUUCGAGAAUUUAUCACCAGGCCAAAUAGCGUAUUUGGUGAAAAUAAUCAGAAACCUUAACUCAACUGGAAUUUUACAGAUAGUGUUAGAUUUUACAUUAAAACUGUUUAAAUUGUACUUUUCUAAAGAUAUCUCGUUCACAAAUAUCCUGAGUAUGUUAGAAUUCGUCGCAACUUACAUUGAAGACCAGUUGUAUUUUAUGACCAAAACCAAAGGUAAACCGACUCGUCAAUCAGAUGCCGACCGAAAUGAGCGUCGAAGGAACGCCAUCAGAGAACUUCAAAACAAAAGGGAUAUAAUUCAGAAAAUUGCUGAUCUAUUCAGACAUUUACAAGCGGAAAUCAUAGCUGAAACGAGCGCGCCUAAUAUAAUUUCCCCCUAUUUUCGUGAUAUAUUCUCAGCUGUGUAUCAUUAUUACAAACACAGACGCGUGCCCGUGCCAGGCCAUGAGAAGCUGACAGUCAAACAAUAUUUCGACUUGAUAAGGAUGGUAAUUAUAAAAAUGAAAGAAUCACCGGAAUACAAAAAAAUGCAGAAGGCCAGAAAUGGAACGGCCCUCACUUGUGAAAUGUACGUGGUCUUGUUCGGUAGGAUGUUCAGAAUUAUUAUUACUGUUCGAGAUGGUGAAAUUGUAUUGAGUACCGCCUAUGUAGUCAAGCGUAUGAACUUUAAUGCCAAAGAAGGCAUUCUUUACAUAAAAUUCGGUGAUGGAGAUGUACAGAAGUAAUAACCUCAAAUUGCUUACUGGUGGUAGGACCUCAUGUGAGUCCGCACGGGUAGGUACCACCGCCCUACCUAUUUUUGCCAUGAAGCAGUAAUGCGUUUCGGUUUGAAGGGUAGGGUAGCCAUUGUAACCAUACACCUUAGAACUUAAAUUUCAAGGUGGGUGGCGCAUUUACGUUGUAGAUGUCUAUGGGCUCCAAUAACCACCAGGUAGGAUGGGAGCUUGUCCACCCAUCUAAAAAAAAAAAGGAAAAAAAAGUAAAAAAAAAUUAAGAAAAAAGGAAAAAAAAUAUUGCUGUACUUAGCAGUUUUAUAAUCCUCAUAUACUUAAUGUUGCUUGAUUCAUUUAAAGUUGUCAAAAGCAUUUAUUUUUAAGUUGCGUUUAUUUACCUUGGUAUAUUUAUACGUAGGUAUAGUAUAGUAGGUUUAUAGGUACAUGUAGCUAGGUAUAUAUAUUUAAGUAAGUUUGUAUGUAACGAAAUCUAUUACGUUAUUUUUGCCGACUUGAAAACGUCCGAUUAACCUGAAAACACCGACUCGAUCGAAUUCUUCGAUUACGACAAAGAGCGAAUUAUUCCAUGGACACAGCCCACUGAGUUUCUCGCCGGAUCUUCUCAGUGGGUCGCGAUUCCGACCCGGUGGUAGAUUUUGCAAAACACUGCUCUCGCUAGGGCUAGUGUUAGAAAUUUCCCUGAGCUUGAGCCCGUGAGCUCCCUACCCGCCCGCGCGUAUCUGUAAUAGCCGAUUCCAGCGAAUAGGUAGGGAAUAAAAACAACAGGAGUGCAAUAAAAUUUUAAAUUCAUUAGGCGUGUUUCUUUUUACUUUUUUAAGUAGGUACAUAUUUAAAUUCUAUGUUUUAUUGCUAAAUAAAGCCGUGUGCACUUAUCAAUCUCCAGAUCGUUGUCUUUCAUUUAUUCAUUGAGCGAUUGAUGAUAUGUGAUUUAUUCUAUACAUUCAUUUGGUUUGUGAGGUUACUAGAAUAGGUAGGAAACUGCUUCUGCAGCUCCUACCCAUAUUUUUUUAUUGCCCUUGUAGGCAGACGAGCAUACUGCCCACCUGACGGUAAGUUAUUACCGUCACCCAUGGACUUCAGAAAUGCCAGGGGCAGAGUCAAGCCGCUGCCUACCUUCUGGUCGUACAAUUAAACAUUUGUAAUAUAAAUAGAGCUGCCAUUAUUUCAAUACAUCUAAACUAUUUGGGAACUAUAGCUAUUGAUGGUGGGCUAAUAAAUUAUUGGUUUCUACGUAUAUACGGGUGUUGAGAAACAUUAAUUCAACACCACAGCAACACCGGUAGGUAAUCAUCUCUAGUACGAUCGAUGGUGAUUAGUUUAUUGCGCAAAUAAAUACACAAAAUAAGAAUUAAACAAUGCAUCCAUUCGACCUUCAAACGACCAGUUCGCAGGCAAAACAAAAUGGCGUCACAUAUUGUCGAAGAAAUUGAUGAACAAGUUUUACUUGUGAUUAUUAUUUUUUACUAUGGCGAAACGAAAACAGAGACAGAAUUAAUAAUUGUAGGUAUUUUUGGAACAUUAUGUUUUUUUUAUUGACUAAUAUUAACUGGAUUACUUUUCGGAGCCCAUAGUCGAUCAUCUUCAGACUUUUAGUACCUAAAAUGUCUCACGAAUUAUUAUCACGUAUCAUUGAUUACGCGGUAGAGAUUAAUAGCACUAUUCCUGCAUAGGUAGAUGGAACUGCGUUUCACCUAUUGCAAGCUCUAAAUACCUACUAAACAUCUCGGUUCCCAUCUAUGCCAAAUAGAAAAGAUGAUGAGCUCAAGGCACGUGAAAUUUGAAACUGAUAUUGUGUUCUACGAGACAAGGUCGAAAGAUAUAAUAAUAUUAUUAUAUCGCUUCGUUUUAUACAACAGUUUUUUUUUUAAUCGAAAGGAGAAUUUACACACAAUAACUAGAGUUAAUGUUAAUGUUCCCCUGAAAUAUUCAGAUACAUUAUUAACAGUAAAUCUUAACAGAAGCGCUACAGUCCCAUCGGGGAUUAGCCUGGACUAGAUGUAAGGAGCAACAUCAAGUAUAUGGGACUAGUUGAACAAGUGCAUAGCAAAUUAUUGCUGGAAGCCUCGCCGAAAUAGCACUAGUUUAGGAAGUGGAAAUGAUAUGAAUAUAGCAGUUUUUAACAGAGUGAAGGUGCUGGAUUGAAUCGAUGUGUGGUAGUUUAUGGCGCCGUUUUUAAAUUGCUUCCACUUGCGACUAUUCUUCUUCUUCUUCUUCUUCGCCGCUUUCUUCAUUGCUGAAGGUUGUGUCCCUGAAACUUAACCGUGGCCUGUCUCGUGAGCUGUUUCCAUCUCGUCCGGUCCUCAGCUUCUCGAAUGGCGGUUGCGACUGGCAGCCCAGUUAGGGCGGUUAUUUGAUCACACCAACAGCUAGGUAAUCGGCCGCGGGGUCUCUUUCCUUCUACUUUGCCCGUCACAAUCACUUUGUCCAAGUUAGCUGACUUUUGGCGGGCAAUAUGACCGAAGUAGCUGAGGAUCCUCUGGUAACAGAUUAUUGAGAGCCUGAUUCGGAUGCGAAGCUGAUCCAGGAUAGAUUUAUUUAUCCUCUUGGCCGCCCACGGAAUUCGGAGCAUUCGUCUCCAGCACCACAUUUCAAAUGCGUUUAUUUUCUUGCGUACGGAUGCCCUAAUUGUCCAGGACUCUGCCCCGUAGAGAAAGAUUGAGAAAACUAAGGUUCGGACGAGUCUCAUUUUCGUGAUGUUAGAGAUUUGGGGUUUUGCCAUAUGAUUAUGCCAUACGAUGAACUCGCUAACGAAUUCUAGAUCUGAUAGAUUUCCAGUUCUAGAGAGUUGACUGGUCCUGUCCACUAUCAUGACCUUUGUUUUGGACUUAUUAACGGAAAGCCCCACCAAACCACUCUCAUACUCUAUUCUAUGGAAUAGGUCAGCAAGUUCCUUCUCAGAUGACGCGAAAAGCGUGGUAUCGUCCGCAUAUCUCAGAUAGCUAAUUUUCAUGCCACCGACUGAGAUGCCCCCCUCCCACUCCUCUAAGGCUUUCCUCAUUAAAUAUUCUCCAUACACAUUGAAAAUAAUAGGAGAAAGUAUGCACCCCCGUCGCACACCUUUUUCCGGCUUAAAAGGUCCCGAGAUGACGUCAUUCACUCUAACCAUAUACACAUCAUUCCGGUAAAGGCUAGCGAUCAAUGAUACUAGAUGUUGAGGUACGCCCAUUUAAUUACCUCCCUUUCAGCGGACACUUUUUGAUACUUUGACAUGGUGCUCCUUACUGUUACCUUCCAUGGCUUGGACAAGCAAAUCAGCUUUAAAGAGCGUUUAUCGUGAGGUCGCCCUAACAGAUACUUCAUUUCAAUUUAUUUAUACUGAUUGUGAGAUAAAGCAAUUACCAAAGGUUUUUUUUUAUUGCUCUUGUAGGCAGACGAGCGCACAGCCCACAUGAUGGUGAGUGUUAUUAGUAUUGGAAUUUAACAAAACGGUCGCGACCAUUACCUAUAAAAUAUUCUCAGGUAGCCACACCAGUAUUUAUCCGCAUUCUGACUCGCCACAAAUGACAUCCGCCAUGUGAAGUGGACAUGACCACUCAUAUUAAUAUGUAUAUACUCGUACAUAUCUGAUGUGUGCAUACAUAAUCACAAAACGAACAGUGCCAGAAUCGUAUAAAAAACUAAUGUUCAUUUAUAAAUUCUGUUGUUUGUAAAAAAAUAUAACAACGAUACCGUGAACAAACUUUCUCGAUGUGUUUGAAUUGUUUGGUCACUGAAGCAAUGCGUGCGUUAGAAUAUUCUCUAUCGCUGUAGGUACCUACUCAAGAGUAGGAGAGAGUACUUGAGAAAGCUUUGCGGGAGAGUAAUGUAAGAUUAGCAAGCUGAAGUGGCAAUGGGCCGGACAUACGUGUCGUAGAACCGAUGGCCGAUGGAGCAGACGUGUUCUGGACUGGAGACCGCGUACCGGUAAGCGCAGCGUUGGGCGUCCCCCUGCCCGUUGGACCGAUGACUUGCGGCGAUAUGCUGGGAGAGAUUGGAUGCGGAAGGCGGAGGAUCGUUCAUUUUGACGGACUAUGGGAGAGGCCUACAUCCAGCAGUGGAGAGAUACAGGCUGAAAAUGAUGAAUGUAAAAGAAUAGAAAAUACUUCUUUAGGCAGGAAGCCAGGAUCGCUUAUCCGCCUCUACUGAUCAAUAUCCGAUUAGAUUAUCAUUUAAGAAGUGCAUACGGAAAAUAUGCGAAUGUUGAGAUGGAUUGUCGAGUGACAAGAUAAGGAAUGAGUAUAUCAGAGGAAGUGUGAAAGUAGCCCCGGUAAUUAACAAAUUAAAGAGCGGACGGUUAGCGUGGUAUGGACAUGUGAUACGUAGAGAGAAGAUGCAUGUGACUAGGAAGGAGAUGUAUGGAAACGGUAGUGCAAGGUAGAGGGGGAAGAGGUCGACGGAAGAAGACAUGGAUGGAGUGUGUGAAUGACGAUAUGAGAGAGAGGGGAGUAGAUUGAGAUGACGGCUGAUAGAAGAGAAUGAAAGAGAAAAAUUACCUGUGCCACCUAAUGGGAUAAGGUGAAGAAAAAAAAGAAGAAGAUUAUCAUUUAAGAUUCUUCAUCCGUCGCAGUACGUGAACGACGGUUCGGUGUUCCGAGAGUGCUGACACCGUCUUAAAUUGGUAUCUAUGUUAAGUCUGUUGUUUCAAAAAAAGGUCGUAAGUCUAUAAGUAGCGCCUUUGGUCGGUAGCGACUUGGCUGUUACCCUGACAUUGCCGACGACGAUGACCGACGGUGACCACUCACCUACAGAAGAACCGUAUGCUUCAUCCAUCAACGUCUAUCUGAUGAAUAAGGUGGUUGCUCUAGGGCUAUUAGUUGAAUUUUUGGUAAAAUUUCGUUCACAACGAUAGUCUUUUGCAAAAGCGCACUACGGGAUCCGAACACCGUUGCAUCGCUACAUACGAAUGCACAAUGUCUUAUCCUUUAGGCCACGACUACUUCAAAACUACUACGUGUGAGUCCGCGCGGGUGGGUACCACCACCCUGCCUAUUUCUGCCGUGAAGCAGUAAUGCGUUUCGGCUUGAAGGGUGGGGCAGCCGUUGUAACUAUACUUAAGACCUUAGAACUUGUAUCUCAAGGUGGGUGGCGCAUUUACGUUGUGGAUGUCUAUGGGCUCCAGUAACCACUUAACACCAGAUGGGCUGUGAGCUCGUCCACCCAUCUAAGCAAUAAAAAAAAAAAUAAAAAAAAAACUCGUAGCAUGUCCUUAGAGGCUCUUUCUUAUACGAUUGAGUUUUUGUAGAAAAUUCAGUACCAUUGUGACUAGGUAUAACUAAUUUAUGUGUAUUAUCUAGGAGCCGACCGGCAUUAUAUUUUAUAUCGGAGUGAUUAUUUCUAUUGGUACAUACCGACUCACGCAACACAAAAAGUUUGGCGGCUAUCUCUCUCAAACCUGGAUUUUCAGUCACUAUUUCUUACAUAUGUGCGAUGUUAACAUUCACUUCAGACGUUGGUAGCCUAGCAGAGCGAGGCAAACAUUCCAUAACAUCUCGACCGAUUCUGAACGCUUUAUAUACGUCAUAAGCACUUAUUAUUGAUCGAAGCUGCACGUAUUUUUGAUAAAUGCGAUCCACCAUAAGCAUUCUGUAACAUUUUCAGUGACUCCGAACGCGAAAUUACAUUGACCAUGCAAAAUUUAAGACAAACACUUAGUUUGAUGUUUUGGCCAUUAUUAAAUUCACAAUACACACUAGAUACUAUUUGUCUAAAACAGCGUUGUAUUUAAUUAAAUUAACAGAUGCAACUUAAACUCCGCGCCAAAAUGGAAAACAGUUGUGCCAACCUAACGAAAAAAAAAGAAAAAAAAAUCAAAAAAAGUUUCGAACCAUAAACAAAUCCAGAUAAAAAAAAAGAUGACAGAAUGUAUCGUUCAUAAUGUCAGAGACCACAUAACGUCGUGUCAGAUGCCGGUCAUUUAGGAGCAAUUAAUUACGUGCGAUUUCAUUACAUCCCAUUGUCGAACCGGAUACACUUUCGUAGUACCUGGGAAUCAAGAUUUUAUGUUCAUUGUUACAUGAUGUAAUUACCAUUUGUUCCGGUAUCCAGGGGCGCCAUUUUAAAUGUCUGUUAAUAUAAUUUUAAAAGCGUCAUGUAAUCGUGCCGUUUAUUUUUGUUUUUGUUGGUCAUCCAAAACCAUGAUUUUUUCGUUAUUGCCCAAGCAGGCAAAUUGCUCGAGCAUACGGCCCACCUGAUGGUAAGCGGUUACCGUCGCUCAUGGACGUCAGCCAUGCCAGGGGCAGAGCCAAGCCGCUGCCUACCGCUAAAGUGGUGGUGAUGGUGCUUUUGAAGUUGUCCUGAUAUGAGCGCGAUAUGAGCACGUAUAGGCAGCCUUCUGUAUUUCUACCGCCGUCAUCCAUUCUCGUUCGAAGAGUGGGAUAGCCACUGUUCAAUAUAACAUAACUUCGACUUCAUAUCUCAAGAUGGGUGACGAGAUUCACAUCUAUGUAUUCCGGUAAGCGCUAGGUGGACCAUGAGCUGGUUUCUUACUGAUGGUAGGACCUCUUGUGAGUCCGCGCGGAUAGGAUAGGACCCACCACCUUGCCUAUUUCUGCCGUGAAGCAGUAAUGCGUUUCGGUUUGAAGGGUAGGGCAGCCGUUGUAACUAUACUGAAACCUUAGAACUUAUAUCUCAAGGUGGGUGGCGCAUUUACGUUGUAGAUGUCUAUGGGCUCCAGUAACCACUUAACACCAGGUGGGCUGUGAGCGCGUCCACCCAUCCAAGAAAUAAAUAAAAAAAAAAUGGCCCACACACCGAGAGCCAAUAAAAGACGACGAAGACAUUAAUAAUAAAGUAAAUGACUAAGAAUUCUAAAACGAAUAUAAUCUAGUUUCAUACAAAUAGUUUUUUCAUUUAAAUUAUAAAUUAUGUUAACGCCUACGAAAUUAUAAGGAGCAAUGUUGAAAUUUUUAUUUAUGUUUACCUACACCAUUCACACUUAAAAAAAUAGCCGUAACAAACUAACUUGUGCGCAACGUAAAAAUUAAGAAAAAACCUGUAUAAAGAAAAUACAAGCUCAAGAUCGAUUUGGAAGUUUUAUUCAAGAAACCCAAGCAUCCAACAAAUAUAAGAUUCGCUGCUGAGAUGAUUGAAGCAAGCAGCGUCGAUAAUGCAACGGCUCCUCUACCCAUUAAUCAUGACUUCACACCGCAAGACGAAGAUAUGGCCCGUUCGGAGGCCACUUUCCGUUUUAUAGUUCAAAAUGUCAGCGAGUUGAAAGAGCAAGUGCUAUCCCCGGCGUGUUACGUGCGCUGUCUGCCUUGGAAGAUCUUGGUUCUCGUACGCAACACUACGAGAAACGAUCACCAACCACACAAAGCUUUAGGCGUAUUCCUUCAGUGCAACGGCGAAUGCAGUUCGCCUGGGUGGUCUUGUUAUGGAUUGGGCGAACUAAAACUCCUAUCCUAUAAGCCUGAGGGUACGCACUUAUGCAGGAAAAUUCAUCACAUGUACCAUUGCAAAGAAGACGAUUGGGGUUUUGCCCAUUUUAUAGCAUGGGAUGACUUGAUGAAUCCCGAUAACGGUUUUGUUAAGAAUGAUUCUAUUACAUUGGAGGCUCAUGUUAUAGCUGAAGCACCCCACGGAGUAUCUUGGGAUUCUAAAAAGCACACUGGCUACGUUGGCCUUAAAAAUCAAGGAGCAACAUGUUACAUGAAUUCCCUUUUGCAAACUCUCUUCUUCACGAACGUAUUACGUAAGGCGGUGUACAAGAUCCCGACAGUCGGCGACGACAGUUCUCGGUCGGUCGCUUUCGCUCUGCAAAGAGUGUUCUACGACUUGCAAUUCUCUGAAAAGCCGGUCGCUACCAAGAAAUUAACGAAGAGCUUCGGCUGGGAAACUUUGGACUCUUUUAUGCAACACGACGUGCAAGAAUUUCUUAGGGUGCUCCUAGACAAACUGGAGAACAAAAUGAAAGGGACGCUCGUGGAGGGAACCGUGCCAAAAUUGUUUGAAGGAAAAAUGACCUCUUUUAUCAAGUGCAAGAAUGUUAACUGCACGAGCACUCGGGUGGAAACUUUCUACGACAUCCAGCUCAGUGUCAAGGGAAAUAAUAAUAUCUACGAGUCGUUUAAAGACUAUAUCAGCACGGAGCUACUCGACGGCGACAACAAAUACGACGCCGGAGAGCACGGCCUACAGGAAGCCGAGAAAGGCGUGAGAUUCGAUGUGUUCCCGCCCGUGCUGCACUUGCACCUAUUGAGGUUCCAAUACGACCCGCAACGAGAUGCUUCAGUUAAAUUUAAUGAUCGGUUCGAAUUCUACGAAGAGAUAAACUUGGAUCCGUAUUUACAAGAGGUACCGUCCACUCCCUCGCAUUACACGCUUCACGCUGUGCUCGUUCACUCGGGCGACAACCACGGAGGACACUACGUCGUCUUUAUCAACCCUAAGGGCGACGGAAAGUGGUGUAAGUUCGACGACGACGUGGUGUCUCGUUGCACUAAGCAGGAAGCCAUCGAAUACAACUACGGCGGGAAGGAAGACGCCCCUCACAUGGCCAGGAAAGCCACAAGCGCUUACAUGCUUAUCUACAUUCAAACUACACAAUUGAAAUACGUUUUACAAGACGCUUCCGAAUCCGACAUACCGCCAGAUCUCUGUGAUCGAAUCAACGAAGAAAUGCGAUACGAGAUGGUAAGAACAUGCGGCGGAAAAAUAAAGUGCAAGAAAUUUAAAUCGGACACGUCUGUCUCGUCCGCAAAACGCUACACCAAGAUAUUUAGCGCAUUAAAACAUUUCUUCACUUUACAGGCGGUUGGCGGAUCUAAAUACAAAGGAAGAUAAUAAUACUAACAAAUAAGACGCGUUCUGUGUUUCAUGUGUAAUUUUUGUUGGUGUAAUGUAUUUUUGGAUGAGCCGUUAGCAUUAAAAUUUGUCAAGUAGAUUAAUAGUUAAGGUUUUGUAACGGAAUUUUGGGUUUGUAUAGGUAUAUAUUUAUUUUACUGUAAUAAUUUAUUUUAAACAAUAAAAUUUUUGGCGAAACGUA